AUGGCUUCUUCUUCUUCUUCUUCUUCUUCUUCUACUUCUACCUCUCUGCUGCUUUUCCUCAUUCUUUCAGUUUUGUUGUGUUCCUACGUCGAUGUGUUAAGGGCUUAUAAAUAUGAGUCUGCACCUUUGGCAGAGGGACUCUCAUGGAGUCAUUACGAUUAUAAGUGUCCGGAGGUGGAAUCCAUUAUAAGAAAGCAUCUGAAGAAGGUUUUUGAGGAGGAUAUUGGCCAGGCUGCUGGCUUGCUUCGCCUUCACUUCCAUGACUGCUUUGUUCAGGGAUGUGAUGGUUCAGUGUUGCUUCAUGGAUCGCAUAGCGGGCCGAGUGAACAGGACGCGCCACCCAACUUGACUUUGAGGAAGAGUGCGUUUGAGAUCAUCGAUGACCUCCGAGAACACGUGCACAAGGCGUGUGGUAGGGUUGUCUCUUGUUCUGACAUUGUUGCCCUUGCUGCGCGUGACGCUGUAUUUCUGGGAUGUGAUGGUUCAGUGUUGCUUCAUGGAUCGCAUAGCGGGCCGAGUGAACAGGACGCGCCACCCAACUUGACUUUGAGGAAGAGUGCGUUUGAGAUCAUCGAUGACCUCCGAGAACACGUGCACAAGGCGUGUGGUAGGGUUGUCUCUUGUUCUGACAUUGUUGCCCUUGCUGCGCGUGACGCUGUAUUUCUGUCAGGUGGACCCGAGUACAACAUUCCCUUGGGAAGAAAGGAUGGACUCACCUUCGCCACAAGAAACGCCACCCUAGCCAACCUUCCGCAACCAACUAGCAACACCACCUUCCUCCUCACCUCUCUCGCCUCCAAAAACCUCGACGCCACCGACGUGGUGGCUCUCUCCGGCGGCCACACCAUUGGACUCAGCCACUGCGGCUCCUUCACCGAACGGCUCUACCCAACUCAAGACACAACCAUGGAAAACACCUUCGCCGACGACCUUAUAGCCAUAUGCCCCGCGCUCGACUCCAACGGCACCACAGUUCUCGAUAUCCGAACUCCGAACAAGUUCGAUAACAAGUACUACGUCGAUCUGGUGCACCGGCAAGGCCUAUUCACUUCUGAUCAGGAUCUGUAUACUGAUAGUCGUACACGGGACAUCGUUGCCGCCUUUGCCGAUGAUCAGACGCUGUUUUUCGAGAAAUUUGUUCAUUCGAUGCUGAAAAUGGGGCAACUGAGCGUGUUGACUGGUGGGAGAGGGGAAAUUAGGGCGAACUGUUCGGUGAGGAACUCGGAUAAUGAGGUGUAUUUGAGGUCCAAGGUGGAGGAAGAUGAAGAUGAAGAGUCGAGGUCGGAGUUAAGGUAA